AUGAUGCUGGUACAGAGCGACUUCGGCGACGACGCCGCCAACACCCUGCUGCGGCAGGCCAAAAGAGCUUCGGAAGCUUGUGAGAUGGCGAACGGUGUCCUGCAGAUGCUGCCCUCUUCCAUCACCGACGGCGUCCGGAGGUUCGAGUUGUCCGUCCUCUUCAAUGCGCAGGGCCUGCCAGAGGUCUGUGUCGUUGCCCGGCGAUCGGAUCCAGACGCUUCGCAAGGAGAUGCUGGUGCGGCGAGCUUGGCAGGAAUCUGGGAGGUGGAGCACUUCUGGAAGGACCGCCUGCCGGCUAUCUUCGAUUCCUUAACGACGCUCCAGAAGCAUUUUACCGGAGGGGCAGAUGCCGAAGAGACGGGUGAGACUACCCUCGAGGACCUCAGCAGCGGUGAGUCGCUGUGGGAGUCUCGGGUCUGGAGCGACAUCAGCGUUUCCGACUUCAGGACCCUGCUGUUGGAGCGGGAUGACCUGCGCCGCACAGUGAAGUCGAUGCAGCAGGCAUUGGAGACGUCCACACCUGCGCGGCCCGCGCGGGGCCGCCUGUCUUCUUUCGCUCUCAGUGGCUUGCGACGAUCCCUGAGCCCGGCGGCGCUCUUGCGCUCCACGAGCUCGCGGCUAAAGUCCGAAG